UUCGAAACGAGAGCGCGUGGAUGGGUCGUUGGAUUAACUGAAGCACUGUGGAGCUAGUGUAGUAAGUUUUGGGCGAAAUCCAGGCGUGAUAAUGGGACCCACAACUAAGGGAAAAUCUCGCAAGAAGAAGCUAGAGUGCAGCCACAGUGACCCUGCCAUGGUCCCUGAUUUCAACCCCUUGGAUGAAAAUUCAAUAAGUGUGGAACAGCUGUCUAAGGAUGGUGAGCCACCCAGCAGCUGUGAGAGUAGUCCAGCAUAUGAAGAUGAAGCCUCUGCAGACAAGAUGACCAGCGACAGCACCCCAGACUGUGAUAAAAAGGAGGAGCAAACCUUUUUAGUCAAUCUGUACAAGUUCAUGAAAGACAGAAACACUCCUAUUGAGAGAAUACCCCACCUGGGUUUCAAACAAAUUAACCUGUGGAAGAUCUACAAGGCAGUGGAGAUGCAAGGAGGAUAUGAGCUGGUGACAGGCAGGCGGCUUUGGAAGAAUAUUUACGAUGAACUUGGAGGAAGUCCUGGAAGCACCAGUGCAGCCACCUGUACUCGCAGACACUAUGAGAGGUUGGUCUUGCCCUAUGUGCGUCACAUAAAGGGAGAGGAGGAUAAGCCCCUACCACCUUCCAAACCCCGGAAGCAAUACAAAACAUCAAAGGAGAAUAAAGGAGGGAAAGGUGAUGAUUCAACUGAGAAGUACAAAAGACAGAAAAAAGAAAAAAGAGGCAAAGAGAGUGAGAAGGUAUUUCAAGAAAAGGAAUUACACGGGGAACAUUGUGUGGGAGACCUGGAGGUGCCAGUGUCUGGUUCAUACAGUGCAGUCAGUGUUGCUAGCCAGAAAGGAUCAGAGCACAAGCUGUCUCCAUUGCAUUGUGAUCCAGUUUCACAUCUUGGUGAAGCAUCUGCAAAGCUUAGUCUUUCAUCUGGGGAUUCAGUUGGUGUUCCAUCAGAAACGACACGUUCAUCUAAUGAGCAUAUGCAAUGCUCCUCUGAGUAUCACACUGAGUGUCACAGAGAUCUGUUGUCUAGCCUUUAUUUCAAAGCAAAUCAUGGAAUAAUGUCACCUUUAGCAAAAAAGAAGUUGCUAGCUCAGGUUAGCGAAUCCAUUUCUUUCAGCUGUCAUGGAAUGUGUACUGAAAAAGGUUCUGUAGAAAAGAACCCCAGAAAUGAACAGCAAGAUCCUACAGUUGCCGAUACCAAAAGUGAAACCAGCAGGCCAUCUGUCAUUCAGCAUUCUCUAGUUCAAAAAGGUCCAGAUACGGAUGACAGCUGUGAGCAUUCACCAGAAACAUCCCCUUGUUCUGUGAAGAAUGAGCCCUCGCAAUGUUUGGAAGAGACAAAGAGUUCAUCUGUCAUUGGUCAUGGACCUUCAGUAGCUGAAGCAGUGGAGAAAUCUGCUCCGUCAGUAUAUUUUGGGAGUAUUUAUUCAUCUCCAUACAGCAGCAGUGUUUUCAAGAACUUGGAUUGUCAUGCUGGCAAGGACCACCUUAGGUACUUCACAGAUUGUAAAGGAUUCCUCGAUAGACCUGGUCAGGAAUCAGUCAACCUUCUGCAGAGCAGAAAAGAGAUUCAAGGCGAUGCUGUCAAAAAGGGAACUGAAGAAGAAUGUUUGCGGGAUGAACCAACUGAUCUUAGUGUCCCCAGGACUCGUCAUGGUAGACUAUGGCACCCUGAUAGCAAUGCUUUUUCUUUUCUUCAUAAAAGCAGCUCUUGUGUCAAUAAAAGUCCUCCAGUUACUGGUCCAAAAGCAUGCUGGGUACCACCAAUGCCAAAUUUUACGAAACUUCAACCUAAGGAAAGCCUACAAUCUUUGAAGAGUGGAGAGCUUGUUGGCUCUAGCUUUCAACCUAGGACUAAUAACCAUAGUAUUAGUGUUGCCCAUCCCAUUAAAAGAAACUGUGAUGAUGAAGAAUUACCAUAUAUGAAAAAGCUGAAAAUGGUUUCUCCCCUUGUUAAAGAUACUCCCAUCAGUGAUGGACUUAGUGCAGGGAUCAGGAAGAAUAUUCGGACAGGGACUGGUAGCCAGAAGUUAGCAAAGCCAAGUGCCAGUUAUCCAGUGAUGUUCUCACCUGUUUUGCCUCACAGUCUAGAAUUCUAUGAGGGAAUGAGGUUGAGGACCCUUGCCCACCCAGCUGAUCCUUUAAAAAGCCAACCUCUCACCUAUAUACCCCCUUUGACUGUGAACCGACUUUUUUUCCCAGGAUUUAAUGGUCAAUUCUUUCCCUCAGCCACUCAGUCACCUGAACUUUACAGACCUCUGGCUAGUAGUACAGUGUCUUUUGAAAAUGUCCUGCGUCAAGGGGCUUAUUCAGUCAGUCCAUGGCACUCACAAACAACUUUUUCUCCAUCAUUUUAUCAAAACACGAAGUUGUAGAUUCUGAAAUGUACUGUUCCUCUUCAGAAUAAUAGUCUGAUAGUUAACUUUUUAAUGUUGAAGCCUACAUCAUGACACAGAUUUAAUCUGUGUAAUUAAAUGCAUGUGGAAAGGGGAUUUUCCCUUUGAAUGGAAAUAAAUCAGAUUAGCACAGUGCACUAAAUUGGGGCCAUCUUUAUGGGUAGACAUACCAGGAAUUGUAAAUGGCAAUCAGCAAUGAACUUUUAUUGUGUCAUUUCACUGGGGCAUUGUGGGGAUCCUAACUCGCAGAAGGAAACUCAAUGGCCAUUAAAUACAGCCAGGACUCCUAUUUAUUUUGAAUAACCUAUGGUAUAAACACUGUUUGUAGUUUUUCUAUAAUGAAGAAAUUGCUUUCCAUUACUUGAUAGAAUGUGAAAUAUAUGAAUAUCGCUUAUCUCACUUAACUGCAAUAAACAUAAGGAGGUCAAGCAGCUGAAAUGAUGCAAACUAUUUGUUAAAGCACUAUUACUGACAAUGUUUUCCUUCAUGACUGUAAAUGGUACAUUUUUGAUAUCAUUGCUUUGAAUAAUAACAAACACAGGUAUUGAUUACCUGAUCUAAUAGCUAUGUAAAUUUCACUUGUGACAAUUUAGGCAACUGGUAUUACCUCAAAACUGCACUCAUGGUCAUGGAGGGAUGUGUUUAUAAAAGUUGUACUGAUGCAGGUGCUAAAUUUAUCAGCUUAGUAUAAUAUUUUUCUUACAGGAAAAUAGAAGGAAAUAAAAUGUUUUAGAGCUGCACCUGUCACUGUAAAGGUUGUUCUUAAAUUGACACAGCAGUAAACAAAUAAUGCACUUUCUUUUGAUGCUGAAAGAAGAGAAUGCUGUGUGUUUUGUGUGUACACACCUCACUGCUAACACUAGCAUUGGAUGAGACAUGCUGUACAUUUGAGGGGUAACCAUCCUUUGGAUAUUCAUUAAACAGAGGUCUCAGGGAGGUGGUAAAGAGAUCUCAUGGCACUUGAUGAAUACUAGAGCCACACCACAGUUAAGAAAUUCAAACACAGUUGUAGGAUGUGACACUGGUGUGUGUGUGUGUGUGUGUGUGUGUGUGUGUAAGUUAAUUGGUGCAUGUAUUUAAUAAGGAAAAACAAUAUUUUGCCAGUUUAUGGUUAUUGAGACAGGCAUCUAUAUUUGUAUUAUUUAUUACAUCAUUAAAUAGAAAGUACAUGAUUACAACCCACGGGGGGUAAGUGUAACAAUGUUUUAAACUCCUCUAUAUUUUUAGAAUUUUGAUUGCUGUUUAAUUAAGACUCUAGUUAGUUGUGCAGUGACCUUCAUCUGCUACAAGGAAAUUUCCAAAGGAUAAAGAAAAGCAGUUAUAGUCUGUCUUCUAGAUUGUAUGUCAUCCAUAGCUUGUAGCUUAUAUUUAGAGACAUCCUAAAAUAAGAGUGUUUAAACUUUUGUAAGGUUAUAAGCUACAUUUCAUAUUCAGAAUGUGGGUGAAACUAUAUGUAAAGUUAUGAUUAAGUUGAGUCACUGCAGUGCAUGGUCUGUCAUUUUGUAGCUUUAAAUAUUUGUAUCAACUCUGUAAAAUGAAAUUUAUUUCCAUGUUUAGUAAAGUACUGUGAUGAAUGAA